AUGGAUAGGUAUUAUACGAUAAACAAUUCAAUCAACUCCUCAACAUCAAACAGAACAUUGGAUAGCGGAAUCAAUAAUCUGAUAAUGUGGGACGCUCAGGCAUUUCGCAGUCUUCACAAACUCUGGCUAGCUAUUGUUGCUAUCGCAUUGACUGUGAUUCCAACAUGUUUGCUAUCGCUGGCCAAAUCGAACGCAAAAGUCGCAACAACCACUACCUUCAUGCAAAUCGAUCAAAACAAAUUUUCUCCUGGCGUUGUACUUACCCCAACAUUAGGACUAUCUGGUGAACUCGUGAUUACUAUGUCUACAUUCCUCAUGGUAUUCAGCUUCUUGCAAACUGCAGGGGCUUGCGUUACAGUCCUCAAUAACCGCCAUUGGAUUUCUAAAAGUUUGAGCUUGUCGUGGCAGAGGGCUUAUGAAAGGAGUGCGGAUUUGAUAGAGGAAAUUCAAUAUGAGUUCUCUUGCAAAGGAUAUUAUAGCACAACGGAUAGGGCGGCUAAUAUUGCCGAGACCUUCCAGAUGUCGUGUGAUUCGAUGCUGAUACAACGCUUUGGACCCCAACUUUAUCAUGUUGCUUUGUUCAUGUUGUUGGCGCGGCUGGUCCAGGCAAGUAAAAGAAACUUGGAUACAAAAUCCGACAGUUAUCAUACAUGCGCAUCCAAUAAUUUAACUCGUUUUCUUCUACCAUCACAGCUGAUUGGGGUCAUAGCACUUGCGUAUAUUCACCAUAUAUCGGCGAACGAUGAUACUUUAUACGAAUAUUCAUACGACUUUUCGUACGAAUACGAGAGGGAAGAUGAAGCAGAAUUCGAUAGACGGGAAAGUUACUACCCGACACGACAAGAAAUGAUAUCGAUACCGAGCGAGACGAGUACAGGCGGUGGAAUGACCUCGUGA